UGGAAAUUAUUUGGCCAUCGGAGUUUGGAUAGGGAAAGUGGAGAGAAAGAACGAAGAAGAAAGAACACAGAAAAGCUCAAAUCCCUAAUCCCUUUCUCAUCCAUGGCUUCCCUCUCCUUUAUCUCUCCUCCUUCUCUCUCCUCCUCCCGCCAUGUUUCCUCCAUAGCCAACCUUCUCCUCCGCUCCCCAAAAUCCAUAAAUCUCUCCGCCCAUUGCCGACCUCUCUCCGUCCAAGCCCGCUCCGUCUCCACUCUCACUCAAGACGACCUUAAAAAGCUCGCCGCCGACAAAGCCGUCGAGUAUGUCAAGAGCGGCAUGGUCCUCGGCCUCGGCACUGGUUCCACCGCCGCCUUCGUCGUCGCCAAGAUUGGCGAACUUCUCAAGAGUAAUCAAUUGAGAGACAUUGUUGGAAUCCCUACCUCGAAGCGGACGGAGGAGCAAGCUAGGUCAUUAGGAAUUCCUCUCUCUGUCUUGGACGACCAUCCGCAUCUCGAUUUGGCCAUCGAUGGCGCUGAUGAAGUCGAUCCAGAUCUGAAUCUCGUCAAAGGCCGCGGCGGCGCUCUCUUGCGUGAGAAAAUGGUGGAAGCCGCUUCCGAUAAGUUCGUCGUCGUCGUCGGACCCUAG